GAUUUGAUAUGUUACUAUGGAGCUAUAUAUCAAAUCAGUUUAUUGGUCGAGUACACAGAUUUGAUAUGUUACUAUGGAGCUAUAUAUCAAAUCAGUUUAUUGGUUGAGUACACAGAUUUGCAGGUGCAGCAAAAUGCUUAUGUUUCUGCAUUGUUGCUAGAAAGAAGCUUUUCGCUGCACCUACAAUAGUAUCUGCAAAUCUGUGUACACGACCAAUAAACUUUGAUUUGAUAUAUAGCUCCAUAGUAAAACUUUGCACUUGUGCUAGUAUCAGGCAAGUUGGCUAUGUAACUGUUGGGAUUUCCUAAAUGACUGGGGCUUUUCCUAGAGGGAGGUGGCACAUUGUGUAAGUGUAAAUGUCACAAUGUCUGACAUCAUUGGGAAGAGAAUUACAAUUACAAUGUCAUGAGUCUGUUUAUUUGUCUACACUCUUAGAAAAUAAAUGGUGCUAUCUAGAACCUAAAAGGGUUCUUCAGCUGUCGCCAUAGGAGAAUCUGUUGAAGAACCCUUUCCACAGAGGGUUCUAAAUGAAACCUAAAUGGUUCUACCAUGAACCAAAACAGUUUAAAAUGUAUAAGGACUGCCAAAGAAACCUUUUGGAACCCUUUUUUAUAAGAGUGUAUAAAUAAACCUGUUAUACUUCUGCUCCUACCCCACUGCUCUCAGUGAGCGCUUUGCCAUCUGCUGCCCAGCAACCGGCGGGUAGUUCCUACUCCGGUACAUCUUCACCUGCUUAACUGCUAUUCUCCUUAUAGAGCCUUUUGAUGUGGUCCUGUUAUAUAAGGUAAUAUCUUCAGACACAAUAUAGCAGAAAUUAUUACAGUUACAUGGAAUGUGUUUGUUAUGUCUGCUCUUCCUCUUCAGAGCCCUGUGUGCUGCAUCAAGAGGUGAGUUCAGGCUUCUGGCAGGCCGCCCUCUACAAGUCCACUGAGGUCCACCAACACCAGCACACCUCUACCCUCUUCCAACAUCGGCCCCCUGGCAUACUACCCACACCUGUUCCACCAAUGCUGGCGACACCAGACAGAAAUCUGCCCCAUCCCCAUGUGAUGCUGAGGUUGGCCCCUAUGGCAGCCACCGUUGUCCCCCUCCUAGGACCCUUCGGCUCCCUCCAUGGGGCCUUCCAGCCAAAGACAUGCCCUCCCCAGACAUCAAACAUUCUAGACAUGGCACCUAGACCUAGGACUGGGUCACACAAGCUGCUCCAGAAGGAUCCAAGAAGACCAGAAAGGUGGAAUACAAUGCAUGUCCGCAUUGCAUGGCAGAUCCACCACCAUAAGCUGAGAGUGAAGCAAAAGAUGCAAGUGGACGCAAAUGCAAUCAACUUCGGUGUCAAACCGGAAUUUCUGACUCAGCCUCCUGGUUCUGACCAGAUUCAAGCCAUCCCCCAUCAGCGGGACCUUAUUCAGAACUCCACCCCACUCUCUAACCCAGAGUCACACAGUAGACAUCCUUUAUUUGGAGGUUUGGGAUCACUGAGGGUCACAACCUUUGGUGGACUGCCAAACCUAGCACUCAACUAUCCCAUGAUCUAUCACAAAGACAAUCUAAAUGCACCAAGUGGAGAAGAAGGAGGAACUCCUGAGUGGUGGAGCAGGCAGCAGAAGACACCCCCAUCCUCUGUAUGUCAACCUGAACGCUCUACAGAACCUGAACAACCAGGAAGAGAUUCAAUCAGGGAACCUCAGGACAGAGAAUGGGGACAGCAGCUACACCUACCCAGAGAGAAGAUGGAGGAGAAACAGUACAUAGUGGAGAAACACCAAGGCCACAAUGCUGCAGGGACUCAUGACAGUUCACCUGCUGAAGACAAGUCUGUUCCUCAGACAAUAACCUUGGAACAUGGUCAGCGGUCCAAUGGCAGCUGUAGCUGGGAGUCAGGUGACAGGAAGAGAAGGCUUGAGUGUAAGAACUACAUAAAGGUCAAGAAGAUUAAGCGGCAAAGAGAGGAUGACCAGGAGGAUUUCAAUGAAGGUCCUCAACCCACAGAGAAACCAUCCCUGGUCCCACUCACGCCAACACUCACGCCAUCCUCCAUGUCGAUGCAGCACAUGACCAUAGGGAACAUUAUUCCAAGGCUCUACCCAGUAAAUAGUGUAUGUAAUCUGGCCCGGACUCAGGUUGGCACUCCUAAUAUGGGGCUCAUCCCCUACCAUGCACUUCCCUGGGACACCCCAAGAGACCCACUGUGGGAUGAAUACAGGGGUAUGGACCUCCCUGCUUCCUCCUGUCAAGAGCUGGUCAUGAGGGCUGAUCCUCUGCAUGGUGUGGUGGGGGCCAGGCUGUUGGAGGCAGCAGACUGUUCAUAUAGAGACCCUCAUCACAGCUUUCCACACCCACCCCAUCACUCCUCACUGGUCCUGAAACAGCAGGAAAGGGCUUACCUCAUGGAAAGAGAGCGUCUGCACCUGCGCAGAGAGGAAUACUAUGAGCACAGCCUCUAUUCUGCCACCAUGGGCGACCAUCUCCCACAUCCCAGCCUCCUGACCUCCACCUAUUCCAGGUCACAUAUCUCCAGGGUGGGUCUCACCCAGAGUAGCCUCCCGAACAGAACUCUUACCCCUGGGUUCUUAAGCACACUGCCGCCUUUGGUCCCAUUCUCUCUCCCCUUGUCUGGUGCUCCCCACAGAACUACCUCAUAAUGACAGAAAUCAGAAGACCCUACUCUGUGUGCUUGCUUGCCUUAGAACUAUAACUCAGUACUGCUUCAAGACAAAUUCUGCCUGUAUGACACAGAUAAAAGACAAACUACUAUGUUGAAUUACAUCCCUUAAAAACACCUGUAAAUUGAUGAACAAUGACAUUGCUCAACAACAAAGUGCGAUCCAACAAAUGAGUUCAUAAAAUAGACAGACAAAAAAUACAAAUAACUGACAAAACUUAACAAAUGUAAAAAGAAAAAGAAAAAUAACUAGGUCAAAUAAAAAGCUAUAGCAUUAAUUAAAUCAGAAUAAAGGAAAAUCUAAGAUCUAUGACUUAAUGGAAAAGAGUUUCAAAAACAUCAGAAAUAUGACCUGACACCACAAAAGUUAUUUCAAAACUGCUUUCAAUGGGGUCACAUUCUGAGGCUGAACUAAAAGCGCAGACUGUAUUAAAGCGCAGACUGUAUUAAAGCGCAGACUGUAUUAAAGCGCAGACUGUAUUAAAGCGCAGACUGUAUUAAAGCGCAGACUGUAUUAAAGCGCAGACUGUAUUAAAGCGCAGACUGUAUUAAAGCGCAGACUGUAUUUAAAGCGCAGACUGUAUUUAAAGCGCAUACUGUAAAACACUAACAAACAAAAACACACUUUAUGAAAAUAAUACAAUCUUGUCACAUCUCAACCGGAGAUACUAACGUUUAGUAAACUUUAAUAAACAGUCCAUCCCAGGUUAAGCCCAGCCAUCAUAUAUUCAGCACAGCUGUAACAGAGAGAUUCAGUACUGUCACAUUAGUGGUCUCCAACACUGGUACGGAGAAGAUGCUGGAUCUGAUUUGAUUAGAUUUUUUAAAGCUAAGCGCUCAUUUCAUAAAUGAAUGACAUGGUGCGUUAGAUAUUAACGGCUGCAUUGAUCGGCUGAAAUAUUCCUGUUCAUUAAGAUACAAUUCAAGUUGGUAUCAUUACUUUAGUCUACAGAAUCAAGGUUGGAGACAACAAUGGUGGCAGCGUUAAGAAUUAACUUGGACUACUAGAAUAAGGAGGGACAGUGUGUGUGAUUACACCACAUCCAUCCCCAGACCCCUGGCCACCUCAGUCAGGGCCCUCACAGCACCUGAGGGCCCGCAGGAGUCAGAGCCGUCCCGGGUGGCGUCGGGGUCAUCCCCCAUAUCAGACACAUUACUCAGGAUGCAGUACACAGGUGAGUCACUGCCCCUGGGGCUGGGCUGGCAUCUCCUACCCUGCAGAGAGCUCUGAGGAAGAGGUGGAGCAAGAGGAGGAGGAGGAAGGGAGAGAGCCGUGACUCCUGGCUGCCCUGUUGGCAGCUCUCUUGGCUCGGCUGCUGGACCCGGGGCCCUGAUGGAGCGUCCUCUUCUGAGCCAUGUUCUUCAUGAUCUCCUGAGUCACCUCUACUGUCUCGUAACGCACCAUGUUCAGCCUCAGGUAGCCAUCUACAACCACCUCCUUAUGGUAAAACUGACUAACUCAUGUUAACUCAUCACAUAAGGGAAAGAUAAAGUGUUGUUCAUACCUGAAGCGAGAGUGUCCAGAGGGCCAUUUCAGGUGGUGUUUCUUGCGCAGGUGAAGAGUGAGUGUGUAAAAUUGCCACAGAGAUGACACUUGUAUUUCGUGACCAUUCCACCCAACAGAGGAGAAUUAUGCAAGUGUCAAGUAGAGCACACUUGAUCAAAAUUCCCAAAACAUUUUUGCAAAUUAAAAAGUCUAGCUUUGACACGGAUAUUGAUUCUGUAGUUCUAUUGAGCACAGAGUGACUGUUUGGCGCCUCCUGCAGCCAGUCUGAAGUACCUAGUGUACUCUCUUGUAGUGCUGGUUCAUGGUGUGUGCCAUGUGGUAGUAGUAGUCACAGCCCUCUACAGAGCAGUGGUAGGCCGCCCCCUCAUUAUGGUUCUCCAUGUGCUUCCACAGGUCGUGCUGGUUCUUAAAGCUAGGAGACAUACAUCAUAAACAACAGAGUGUAAGCACAAUAAUAUGUGCACAAUAUGUACAGUCCAUAAGGGACAACCUGCUCUCACAGAAGUCACAGGGAAAGGGUCGCUCGUCACAGUGGCGGAACUUGAUGUGGAUCUUCAGAGUGGCGAGAGAGGUGCAGGUCAUGUCACACAUGACACUUGAUAUGGUUCACUGAAAGGCAGGAUAGAUCACUCAUAAGGUUUACAGUGAAAGAAACUGUACACAGACAACAGCCAUCAUCAGCUAAUCAAAAUAUCUUAUUGAUAGCAAUACAACUAAAAUAAAUCUGCUUGACUAAUAGAGGUACAUGUCGAAGCCAGACAUGGAAAAUGAGCUAAAUAUGAGCUAAAUCAAGACAAAAGGAGAUGAUUGUGGACUACAGGAAAAAGAGUACAGAGCACGCCCCCAUUCUCAUCGAUGGGGCUACAGUGGAGCAGGUUGAGAGCGUCCACAUCACCAACAAACUAACAUGGUCCAUCACACCAAGUCAGUCAUGAAGAGGGCACGACAAAACCUGUUCCCCCUGAAGAUUUGGCAUGGGUCCUCAGAUCCUCAAAAGGUUCUACAGCUGCACCAUCGAGAGCAUCAUGACUGGUUGCAUCACUGCCUGGUAUUGCAACUGCUCGGCCUCUGACCACAAGGCACUACAGAGAAUAGUGCGAACGGCCCAGUACAUCACUAGGGCCAAGCUUCCUGCCAUCCAGGACCUCUAUACCAGGCGGUGUCAGAGGAAGGCCCUAAAAAUUGUCAAAGACUCCAGCCACCCUAGUCAUAGACUGUUCUCUCUGCUACCAUACGGCAAGUGGUACCGGAGUCUAGGUCCAAUAGGCUUCUAAACAGUUUCUACCCCCAAGCCAUAAGACUCCUGAACACCUAGUCAAAUGGCUACCAAGACUAUUCAUAUUGCCCCACCUCCACUCACCACUGCCACUCUCUGUUGUCAUCUAUGCAGUCACUUUAAUUAACUCUACCUACAUGUACACACUACCUCAACUAACCGGUGCCCCCCGCACAUUGACUCUGUACUGGCACCCCCCCUGUAUAUAUUGCUAUUUUUUACUGCUGCUCUUUAAUAAUGACUUCUUGCUUUUAUCUCUUAUCUCUUAUCUGUAUUUUUUGAAACUGUAUUGUUGGAACUGUAACUGUAAGUAAGCUAAGUAACUGAAACUGUAAGUAAGCAUUUCACUAUAAGGUCUCCAACUGUUGUAUUCAGCGCAUGUGACUAAUAAAAUUUGAUUUGAUCAUU